GCCUGCACCUCCCAGCAGUGACGGGGGUCUUGCACCAGCAUCGCCUGCACCUCCCAGCAGUGACGGGGGGUCUUGCACCAGCAUCGCCUGCACCCCCAAGCAGUGACGUGAGAGGGGCAGGAACUAGCCUUGUCUACACACACCCCCAGCAGUGACGGGGGAGGGCUUGUGCCAGCAUCUCCAGCAGUGGCGGGGGCUGGUUGCAGCAUUCCUUUUCUUGCCUGCAGAAGCGGCCUGGGAGGUUGGUAGCAAAAGCACUUUGCAGCAGCUGGAGGAUCUGGGUCUAUAAGGGAACCAAGCUGGUGGAGUUUGGGGCUCUUCAGUUCCUGGCAUUGCCAAGUGCUGCUCUGGAUGUCAGAUUUUCCACUGGGAGCAUCGCUGCCGGGAUCUGCCUUGCUUCUCCUGUACUUGCCUAACCCCUGUCUCUGACGGACCCCCCUGCACAGAAUGGCAGCCAUCAAAAACUUGCAGCUGUGGUGCAAGCAGCAGUGUGAAGGCUACCGGGAUGUCAGCAUCACCAACAUGACCACCUCUUUCCGGGACGGCCUGGCAUUCUGUGCCAUCCUUCAUCGGCACAAACCAGACCUCAUAGACUUCAACGUCCUGAGUAAGGAAAACAUUUAUGAGAACAACGCUUUGGCAUUUCGAGUGGCUGAAGAACAGCUGGGCAUUCCUGCCUUGCUGGAUGCUGAGGAUAUGGUGGCGCUGAGGGUGCCAGACAGGCUGAGUAUCCUCACCUACGUCUCCCAGUAUUAUAACUAUUUCCAUGGACGGUCACCAAUUGGAGGCCUGUCUGGAAUCAAGCGUCCCACUUCGGAAUCGAGCGAGGAGCCACUUGGGAAAAAGGCCAUUUCGGAACCCAUCAAGCCGCCCCCUGUAAGUUCAACAGCACACCCACCACCUGCAGCCAAGAAAAAUCCAGCACGUCCAAGGCAGGAUCUGCCAAAGGAAAAUUCUCCAGUGACAUCGAAAAGGGUCCUGACAGACAGUGGUAAUCUUCGUGGCAGCAGCUGUGCCAUCUGUGGGAGUCACGUGCACUUGGUUCAGCGACACUUGGUCGAUGGGAAGCUCUACCAUAGGAACUGCUUCAGGUGCAAACAGUGUUCCAACACUCUACUGUCUGGGGCCUACAAAACCGGGACCGAACCUGGUACUUACAUCUGUACCAGCCACCAACAGCCAGCCAGUCUCUGGAAUUCCGGACCGCGUAGUAUAGAGAACAAACCUACCAGUACCUCCACGACCUCAGGAGAUCCCCAGAAGGUGUUGGUGAAAUCAAGUCAGUUAAACAAAGGCACCAAUUCCACCUCCGAUCCCCCCAGUUUCAUCAUGCCAUCCAGGUCACCUGCUGGCAGCAGUUCCAGCUCUGGUCCCAAAAGCCCAAAUGCUCCAUGGUCGUCAUCAACUGGGAAUAAAUCAGAUUACCGUGAAGGUACCACUUCACCUUCUUGGACAGCAUCAGGAGCAAAAACGCAGCAAGCCCGAAAGAAGUUCUUUGAGUCCAGUGAGGGUACUUCAGGGUCUUUGACUGACAAAUCACCGGCUACUAAAGAUCAAGUCCUUCCUUCUCUUCCCUCUCAGGCAGCUAGUAAUAAUAUCUCUGGCAUACGCUUUUCUGGGGCAAACUCAGGCGGCACUGAGAAAGAUAAAGCACGUCAACAUCUCACACAGGCUCUUCCUGCAUCAAAUGCCACUACAAACAGACCAGGGGGGGUCAGUUCCAGUAGCUCCCCACCGCCCAGCAGCUUUUCUUCCACCAUCUCCCCCAGGGACAGUCCUGAUCACAAAAUACAGGCCAACAAACCAGGGCAUGCAAAAAAACCAGAGCAUGCUGCAUGGAGACCAGUAUCUUCACCCAAAAGUCCAGGGGAAAAGUUAGGCGUUUGGGCUGCCACACAGAAUGGAGAGAAGGACCCGGCCACCCUCAGACCUGCUGAUACAGGGCGUAAGCCUGACUGGAAGGACACCAGAGGAGGAGUGAACACCACUGAAGAUAAGUCUGAGAACCCAGCAGCCUGGCGAUCCAAAUUGAAGCCAGUGGCCAACAAAGACUCCAACCAGGGUGGUCUUAAGAAACCGAUGGACAGCUCCAAGGUGACGAGCCCAGCACGGGGGGAGGAGAAGUCGGCUUCAUCCAUUGUCACACCAGCAAAUAAGGACACUGCUCCAUCUGCUGCGCUGCCUCAGAAGAAGAAACUGAUCCCUGACAAGGAUCUUCUCAGUGACUGGCUAAAACGGGGAGAGCCUGCCAAGGAGAAGGAGUCAGGCCAGUCAAAGCAGGUGUCUUCUCCAGUUAAACCGCCAGCUCCAAAAAUCUUCCAGAGCCUUGUGAGCGAUGAAGUGGCAUCCCCGACCAAGCUCCAAGAAGACUACAUCCCUGAGGAAGAAAUCCAGGAGAAGGUGCGAGAGAUCGAAAAGCAGCUGGAUGAGCUGGAGCUCAAGGGAGUUGAUAUGGAGAAGCAUCUGCGUGACUGUGAGGAAGAUGAUUCAGAGGAUGCUCUCAUGGUGGAUUGGUUCAAAUUGAUCCACGAGAAACAGCUGCUGCUGAGACUGGAGUCCGAGCUGAUGUACAAAUCGAAACAGCAGAAGCUGGAGGAGAAGCAGUGGAAUAUCGAGAGCGAGCUGCGGCGCCUAAUGAGCAUAACAGAGGAGAAGAAGACCUACAUGGAGAAGAAGCGGGAGAAGGAGCUGCUGGACUCAUACGUGAACACCGUCAAUGACAGAAACGAUAUCGUGGAAUGCUUGGACGAGGACAGACUCAGGGAGCUAGAGGAGGAUCAGGUCCUGGCAGACAUGCUCCGGAAGCUGGAUGCGUCUCCUGAGAGCCCAGAGCCCAACAAGAGGAAAAACAAGUUCCGCUGGUCCAAAAUAUGGAAGCAGAAAAGCAAGAAGAAAGCGCAGCAGUGAAGUUCCCUGCACGGCAGCGUGGAGGGCCAUGGAGUCCAGGAGCUGGUCCCUCCCCCGCGCUGCUUCUCUGGAGUCAGACAGUGCUCCUCUGCCCUGAGAAAGGGGGAUUCAGGGCAUGUUUUUGCUCUGCUGGGGCAGUGUGAUUCCCCUCUCCUCCCAGAAGGAGCUCAAGGUGUUACCCACCCAGCUGAGUGAGAACUGCAGCCUCUGCCAGGAGUCUGGAACUUGGGAGCUCUUGCUUGAAUUCUGCGCUGUGCCUUGCACUGAGCCAGCACUGGCCUGGCUGCCACUCCGCUGAGCAGAGCUGAUCUGUUCCCUAGCUGCUAGCGCUCUGCUCACACCAGUUCUGAUGCCCCCUGAUCACCCCCUGCCACUCAACGGGCUGCACGCCUGCCCAGGAUGGGUACGUGAAGGGGGAGCUGUUCCUCAGCCUCCCUCCCUGCACACGUUUGCUCCACGAACAUUUGGAAGCUCGGAGGGUAUGUCUACAUUGCAAUAAAACACCUGCCGUUGGCCCGUGUCAGCUGAUGCGGGCUCAUGGGCUAUAAAACUCCAGUGUAGAUGUUCAGGCUUGGGCUGGAGUCCAGGCUCUGAGACCCCGUGAUGAGGGAGGGUCCCAGAGCCCGGGCUCCAGGCUGAGCCUAAACGUCAACACGGCAAUUUUAGAGCCCCCGCAAUCCCGAGUUAGCUGCCACGGGUCAGCCGCGGGUGUCUUACUGCAGAGCCAGGAGUCACUGUGGGCCACCAGGGACAGAGGACCUCUCAGCAUCGGGAGCUGCAGGCCCCAGCAUGAACAGACUAGGAAGGGAGGAUGGGCACAGAGCUGGGGACCUGGCUCGCGUGGGGAGACGGUUAGGGAUGGGAAGGACCUCGCUGGGCUUUGAGGAGAGAGGCUGCUGCAGGGACAUUCAGCAGCACUUCGGCUUUCCAAACCACAGGGUGCUUGUCUGUCUGGGCCAGGGGUCUCCAUGACAUGAUGCUCCCUGCCCCUCUCUGCACUUGCUGUCCUGGAGACUGGGCUGGAAAGUGGAGCUCUCACUGCCUGUGGCCCAUCACUCUGAAGGUGGCAGCAGAACCUCUUACAAUGAGCUGGUAACUCGGGAGCCCAAGUGGACGAUGGGGGUGAACCGGCCACCCUUCCCCCAACCACAUUUUUUUAGUGGGGGAAACAGUCGUCUGCUGAGGCUCCUUUAAUGGUGAGCCAGCUGUCCCCCGGGGUCCGAAUCUCAUGCAUUCAGGCUGGGAUGGGGAAGUUCUUUGCUGGGCUGAAGGAGUCUCAAGUCGAGGCCUCUCUCCUCACCCCUCCUCCCUGCACAUACAGAAAAGGACUGUAGCCAUGUGUCUGAUCCGACGUGCAUGCACACGGCCUACAGCUCUGUCACUCGGCGCUGGGCACCGCGGAUGAAGACUGGGAGCAGGGGUUACAAAUCUUACUUUGAUCCCCUCUAGCACUUGCAAGCUGUGGAAUCUCCCUGCAUUUAUUCCCUUACUCCAACACAAUGGAUCUCCUUAGGAUCUCACUGGAUGCUCUGCUCCUGCAUGAGAGAGAUUUUCUCAUUGGAAGGUGGUCACCGCCUCACUCUCAGGAUGGAAGUCUGCAGCCUGAUACCUGUGCCUAGAAGUAUGUUGGUGUAAUGUUCUCCUUCUCCGCCAGGUGGCAGUAUGGUCCUCUGCCCAAGUUGCUUUGCCCAGGGCAGGGAACAGCUGAUUUGCUCAGGAAGUACUAAUGCUUUUUCUGUACAGUAUGUACAGUGUGUGCUGGGUCUGUAUAGUCAGCGCCGGCAUGUGGGCAUUCACUUUCUAUUUGCAUACGUUUCUAGUCAAUAAAUAAUAAAAUUUUUAGAGGAAAA